AUGACAUUAAACGGGUAUGCAAUUGUGCCGUCAAGAAAAGUAAAAUAUUUAGGAUUGAUUAUAGAUGAAUUUCUGACAGUUAAACCACAUAUACAACAAACAGCUAAGAAUGGCACACGAUACUUGGCAUAUUUGAAAAAUAUCCUUCGGAAAAAUGGAAUAUUAAAUGCUAAUAUGAUGUUACAAUUGUAUCGAACAAUGAUCAUACCGAGAACAGAUUUAUCAGCUUGUGUGUGGGCGAACGUUACAAAAGGGGCAUUAAAGCCACUGUUGAAAUUACAAAAACUGACAUUGGCAACAGCACUUGGAACCUCCAGGCAGACUGUAGCACUCUCAUCUCUAGAAGUGUUCUGUAAUUUGUUACCUGUAUAUUUUAGGCUGAUGAGGAGACAGAUGAUUAAAGCAAUAACUCUACAUUCACGACUUCUGUAUCAUCAAGACUUGCUAGAAAAAAUUGAUAACACAACUAUGCUUUUGAUCUAUACCGAUGCCUCUAAACAAUAUGAUGAAGUAACAGCUGUGGUUCAAAUUCUUUUCGACACUCUGGCACGUGUAGUUAUCAUUUGA